AUGGCCUUAUCGGUACAGGUCUUCCUUCACCCAAUUCCCCCCAUCCGAUUCCCCCCUUACACCCCCCCCCCCCCACCCGAUUUCCCCCACCCGAUUCCCCCACCCGACUCCCCACACCCGAUUCCCCCACCCGAUUCCCCACACCCCUCACCCGCCUUCCCCUCAACCGCCUUCCCCUCACCCGCCUUCCCCUCAUCCGCCUUUCCCCCUCAUCUGCCUUGCCCCACCAUCCGCCUUCCCCUCAUCCGCUGUCCCCCCACCCACCCCCUUCCCCCUCUCGCUUGCCCAGCCAUCUGGUUCGCGGCAUGGGUGCUGUGUGGUUUAGUAGGAGCAGUAUCUCCUCUCAUUCUUACUCUUCCUUCUCCCUCCCCUCUCUUCCCUCGCUCCCUCCCCUCUCUUCCCUCGCUCCCUCCCCUCUCUUUCCUCGCUCCCUCCCCUCUCUUCCCUCGCUCCCUCCCCUCUCUUUCCUCGCUCCCUCCCCUCUCUUCCCUCGCUCCCUCCCCUCUCUUCCCUCGCUCCCUCCCCUCUCUCGCCCCUCUCCCUCACCCAGCGCCCUGGUUCACAGUGCUGGUGGCGGCGUGGGUGCUGUGUUCUCUGGCCGUGGCUGCUCUGCCUGAUCAGCUCUCGCUUCUCAUUCUGCCCUCUCUCGCCUCUCUCUCCACCUCUCUCCCCCUCUCUCCCCCUCUCUCGCCCUCUCUCCCCCUCUCUCCCCCUCUCUCCCCCUCUCUCGCCCUCUCUCCCCCUCUCUCGCCCUCUCUCCCCCUCUCUCCCCUCUCUCGCCCUCUCUCCCCUCUCUCUCUCCCCCUCUCUCCCCCUCUCUCCCCCUCUCUCGCCCUCUCUCCCCCUCUCUCCCCCUCUCUCGCCCUCUCUCCCCCUCUCUCCCCCUCUCUCGCCCUCUCUCCCCCUCUAUCCCCCUCUCUCCCCAUCUCUCCCCCUCUCUCGCCCCUCUCUCCCCCUCUCACCCUUCUGAUUCUGCCCCCUCUCCCCCUCUCACCCUCUCCUCCUCUUUCGCCCCUCUUUCGCCCCUCUCUCACCUCUCUCUCGCCCCUCUCUCCCCCUCUCUCCCCUUCUCUCCCCCUCUCUCCCCCUCUCUCCCCCUCUCUCACCCCUCUUUCGCCCUCUCUCGCCCCUCCCUCGGCUCCCUCUCACCUCUCUCUCGCCCCUCUCUCUCUCGCCCCUCUCUCGCUCGCCCCUCUCCCUUGCCCAGCGCCCUCGCGCACAGUGCUCGUCGCAGCAUGGGUGCUGUGUGUGUGGGCUGGUGGAGCGCCCUGGUUCACAGUGCUGGUGGCGGCGUGGGUGCU